AUGGAGAGGAAGCAGCUCAUGGUGAUUGGAGGAGGUGGCGGCUUUGAGAUCUGGUCAUGCUCAGGAUGUAGCAGAUGUUUGUCAGGAGAUCAGCCAGCAAGAUCAACAGAGGAAGAACAGCACCCAGUGAACAGCAUCUUCCCAAUGAUCAAAGGGCUCUCUACCCAGUUGCGGCUCUCAGGGAAAGGGCAUAGCGGCCCCUCUCCCAUCCUAAACUCUGCCUUUGUGCAGCCCCUCCAUCAGGAGUUUAUCUUGAAGCCGCAGGAUGGUUAUGACAUGAUCCGGCUUAGGAACCCUGGCUUGUCAGUGCCUCCAUCCCCCAGGCUGAAACCACCGAUCCGUAGAGAUACCCCCUACAACCAGACUUUACCUCGCUACCCUCGCAGACCAACCGAUUGCCCGUCAGAUAUAGCAGACUUUAUACAGGAUGGACUGCAGGCUGCUGACUCUGACCCAAGUGUUCCCCCAUACGACACAGCUCUCAUUUAUGACUAUGAAGGGGAGGGAUCAGUUGCUGGAACCCUCAGCUCCAUUUUGUCUAGUGAAGAUGACAGUGACCAAGAAUAUGACUAUUUGCAGGAAUGGGGGCCACGAUUCCGCCGGCUGGCAGACAUGUAUGGGCACCAAUGACUGUUGUCUAAACUAGAAGAGACUGCUAUAAUAAGACAUCAGAUGUCACAUGUUCAGCCUUUACACAGAUGAUUUGUGAGUGGGUAAUUUAACACUUUGACUACUGGUAAAAUAUCUCUCAAGAGUAUACCUAACACACAGUUUAUAUUAAGACUUUUUUAUGGCGUAUUUUUAUACAUUUGACUUUGAAAUGAUCUUAGAGCCAAGAUGGAACAAGGUGGCUCUAUAAUAAAGGAUGCUUCAGUAGAACAUUAUGGUCCAAAGAACAGGGACCAAACUGUUUAAUUCAGAGACCCAGUUUACAGCAGCACUGCAAACCCCUCCUAAUCUAAAGACAUAUCACAUGUGAACACGUUGCAUGAAAAAAGGACAAGGAAUGACCUAGUUAUGCUAAAGGGCAUGCCUGCCUAUCCAAAGACAUUACUAUAACUAUAGAAGGGAUUGUCCACUUUUUAUGACCCUGGCCAAUGUAAGCAUUCCUUGCUUAUUAAAUGCGCACACAUUUGGUGGAGGAGCCAACCAGGUCCUUGAUUAUCUGUCAAUAAGACACUAUGAGUUGUUUGCAAUUCCUUGGGUUCAACUCUUUGUAUUCCUUGGAAAAGUUAACAAGAUCUAGUCAUGCCUUAUGGUCUGUGCUAUGCCAUGGAGUGGUAAAACGUGCAGAAUGUUAAAAGUUACACUUAUGGGAUUGAAUUAGGAUGUGAGAAUUAGGCAAAAAAGGUCUUGGACUAUUUUUAUAGAAAUGGAGAAGGGAGCUUUGCUUUAAGCUCCAUUACAGAUUAUGUAAAGCAAAUUUCAGGAACAGCAGAAAGGAGACAGAGAAUGGAAGAGAUUUGGAAGGUCCGAGUAUGGAUCAGUUAGUGAGGAGCAUUGUUAUGGCACAGACAUAGGCACAAAUACAAACAGGGUGAGUGUUAUCUACUUAGCUGUUUGGUACACAAGUUGGUGGUAGAAUGUAAAGUGCUUAGCACUCCAUCGUAACCUAAUGUUUUAUACUUAUAAUAAAAGUUUUUAAUGCUGAAAAAUAUGUUCUUGAGUCCUUGUUCUGUGAUGCCUCUGAAAAAUAACCCCUCUGUUAAUGGGACACCAUUCAUGGGUUAUUUGCUCCCUAUUGGACUCUCAUGGACAGCAUCAUCUUCUCCACUGCAUUCAGUUGCUUUUCAUCCUUUAGCACAUAUUGCAAUCCAGGCUCGUGGAGUGUUUUAUCGCUCAGUCACUACUCAGAGUUCUGUUCUCCUCUCCUUUUGAGGAAUUUGCUGUGUCACUCCUGAUCAUCUUCUUGGUGGAGCUUGUCAAUUGAGCAUAGUUAUCAGGGUUGUAGUCAGUGCCAUGUUUAAGUAUCUUGAGUAGGACGGAGCAGCAAAGAAGGGUGGUGCAAAAUCUCACUAUGCCUUAAGGUUUCAGGAAGACUCUUUCUCUUGGUCUCUGGGAGUAGGAGGAGACUGAGCACUGAGAGAAUACAGAAAGAUGAAAGAACAACAUGGUAUAGGAAAUACCUCUACUUGUGCUGAAGCUCGAGGAAUGGAAGGGCAGCUCGGCCCAACAUAUUUACUCCCAUAAUCAAACCCAGGCCUGAACCCCUUUACAGCGAAAAACAGA